AAAUGGCGUUCCGGACCAUUGUGAUUCAAUUAUUCAAAGAACAAUACAUGAGAGGUGUCUUUUAUAGACUUGCCUAACAUAUCAUAACAAAGAGCUCUAUUUGGUAGCUAUUUUCAUGGUCCAGGAAAGCCAUCUCAUGUGCCAAGACCAGUCGCUGCUUUUGCUUUCCACUCCCUGAGAACCGAGAGAGCUUUUAUGUGACCAAAUGCUUUUCCAUCUCCACGACCUUCAAUUCAAGACCACCCUCUCUCAACCACCUUCACAUCCGACUCCAUGGCAUCCCGGCGGUUAGCUCUCAACCUCACCCAGGGACUGCGCAGCCGCGCUGCUCUCAACACAGUUUCGCCAUUGAGAAGGGGAUUCGCGACUCCCGUGGUGAAGAAUGGCGUGAAGACCGAAUCGACCACACUGUCCAAUGGACUGACGAUUGCUACUGAGCAUUCGCCAUGGGCUCAGACCUCGACGGUUGGUGUUUGGAUUGAUGCUGGAUCUAGGGCAGAGACAGACAAGACCAAUGGCACAGCUCACUUCUUGGAACAUCUUGCCUUCAAGGGUACCAGCAACCGAACACAACAGCAAUUGGAGUUGGAGAUCGAGAAUAUGGGUGGCCACUUGAACGCCUACACAUCUCGUGAAAACACCGUUUACUACGCAAAGGCUUUCAACGCCGAUGUACCUGCCACCGUCAACAUCCUUUCCGAUAUCCUCCAGAACUCCAAGCUCGAGCCCUCGGCCAUCAACCGCGAGCGCGAUGUUAUUCUCCGAGAAUCAGAGGAGGUUGACAAGCAAUUGGAGGAAGUUGUCUUUGAUCACCUACACGCUACUGCUUUCCAAGGACAACCAUUAGGACGCACUAUCCUCGGCCCAGCUGAGAACAUCCAGAGCAUUCAGAGAGACGACUUGGUUAACUACAUCAAGACAAACUACACUGCUGAUCGUAUGGUUCUGGUCGGUGCUGGUGGUGUUCCCCAUCAACAACUGGUCGAACUUGCUGAGAAGCACUUCUCCGGACUCGCAACUGAGCCUCACACUGGAACCGCAUCUGCGAUUGCUGCUGCCCAAAAGCGGAAGCCAGAGUUCAUCGGUUCCGAGGUCCGGAUCCGUGAUGAUACUAUCCCAACUGCCAACAUCGCCAUUGCUGUGGAGGGUGUUAGCUGGAAGGAUGAUGAUUACUUCACUGCUUUGGUUACCCAAGCAAUUGUCGGGAACUGGGAUAAGGCAAUGGGAAAUGCUCCUCAUAUGGGUAGCAAGCUUAGCGCCUUCGUUCACAACAACGACUUGGCCAACAGCUUCAUGAGCUUUUCAACAAGUUACAGCGAUACUGGACUUUGGGGUAUCUACUUGGUUACCGACAAGCUUACCCGUAUUGACGACCUUGUUCACUUCGCUCUUCGUGAAUGGUCCCGACUUUCAUACAACGUCAGCGAGGCUGAGGUUGAGCGAGCCAAGGCCCAAUUGAAGGCAUCAAUCCUCCUGUCCCUCGACGGUACCACCGCUGUGGCAGAGGAUAUCGGAAGACAAAUCAUCACAACCGGCCGCCGCAUGGGUCCAGAAGAGAUUGAGCGUGUUAUUGGAGCUAUCACAGAGAAGGACGUUAUGAGCUUUGCGCAAAGGAAGCUUUGGGAUCAAGAUGUCGCUGUCAGUGCGGUCGGAAGCAUUGAGGGUCUUCUGGACUACAACAGAAUCAGAAAUGAUAUGUCGAGAAACGCAUAAGGUAGAAUGCGGUCGAGGGGACGGGUCGGGGGUUGAUAGAGUGUAUAAUGCGAGAUAGCGCAGUUUGUUUGUACACAUAGGUCCACUACAACUUUUUUUAUCCUUCCCUCUCCCAUCGAUAACUGAAAUCUGGAACGUAGACAAUGUUCCAGUACUACAUGAAAAGAAGAGCUUCCAAGAUCAAUAAACCUAGGCCAGUGGCUUCUUGACUCCUAUAAUAUGUGCUUCCUCAUCCCCACCUCGAGUCGGACUUGCUCAUACGGUUUAUGUCUCAGCACAGCAAGCUAGGCGUUUAGCAGCCAAGCAAAGCUCGGC